AACGGCCCAUUCCUGAGUUCCUGCUUCCAUUCCCGGUUACUGUCCACAUUCGGAUAGUCCCACUGAGGGGUAGUUAGCAGAAUCUACGCUAUCGUGGUAGGGUUAAGGGAGCUUGUUCAGAUGGGGCAAUAGUGAAAGGCGGGUGUGUCCUUGACUUACUAGAGUACAAAUACAUCUGCCUGCCAUGACAUCAACCCGGACCAGUCGGUCAUUGACUGCUAUACUCCGGUGUCGGCUUCCUCAGAUUCCGCUUUAGUCUUCGAGAGUUCGUCAUCAUGUCCCGCCAUUACAGAGUAACAAUCCUGAGCUACACGAGAAAAUAAGGAAACUAAAGACAAAACCGAAUAAUCAAAACUCUGUAUAGUAAUUUAAUCAUGGCCGCAAAUCAAUUGAUUGACACCGCCACGUUGGCUGCGGACUCGCUGUUUCACGUCAAUGGCAUGGUCGCCGUGGUGACGGGAGGCGGCACAGGUAUCGGGCUUAUGAUGGCCAAGGGUCUGGCAGAGAACGGAGCUUCCAGGGUAUAUAUUCUGGGCCGGCGUCUCGAAGUCCUCGAGAAAGCCGCCAUGUCCAUAGGCAAGCCAUCCGUCAAACCCCUAGAAUGCGACGUGACGUCCAAACCCAGCCUCCAAGCCGCCGUCGAAAUAAUCAAGCAAAACGAAGGUUUUAUCAACCUUCUAAUCUGCAAUUCGGGCAUCGGCGGCCCACAAGUCAAACGUCCGUCUCCGGAAAUGACGCUGAAAGAGUGGGCGGACGAGAAUUUUGACGUGCCGAUGGAGGAGUACACCAAGACGUUUGCGGUCAACGUCUCUGCGGUGUGGUUCACAACGUUGGUAUUUCUGCGGCUACUGGACGCGGGGAAUAAGAAGGGAAAUAUCUGGCAGAAGAGCCAGGUCAUUGCUACGAGUUCCAUUGGCGGGUUCAAUAAGCAGAAUACCGGCGGUUAUGCGUAUGGACAGAGUAAGGCGGCUGCGACGCACUUGGUCAAGCAGUUGGCGGUUGCAUUACCGAAUUGGGAUAUUAGGGCGAAUGUUAUUUGUCCUGGGUUGUAUCCAAGUGAGAUGUCUGCUCCGAUUAUUGAGCGAGGGGGUUGUUUUGGAAAGGAUAUGAUUCCCUUGCAGAGGGUAGGGGAUGAGAAAGAUAUGACGGGGGCAGUUCUGUAUUUGACAUCUAGGGCAGGGGCUUACUGCAAUGGUACCGUCAUUGUGUCAGAUGGAGGUAGACUUGGACUGUUCCCGUCAACGUUUUAGAUGGCCUUGCAUGCUGGCAACAAAUAGCCUGAUGUUUUCCAUAGCAUUCAGGGAUAGAUGUUAACGAUGAAUAUAAGUUGAUUACAAUUUGUAUGUACUUUGAUAUUCUGUAAAUCAUUGUAGCCUCUGUUUUCCUCCUUCCUCU